AUGAACAUUGAAGAGGUAAAGGAGUGUAUAGCAGAAUGGAACCUCAUGCAACAGCCUGGCCAUGGCACGCGCCCACCAAUACGGACCGCAAGCUCUGCAAGGGCGUACGUCGCCUCCAUCGCAUACCCCAACGCGAACGCUUCUCACCGCGCGCCCAGCGCACUCGUUCCCCCUUCACCUUGGAUUGCCGAGCAUGCAGCCUAUCUCCGCCGCAACAACAAGGACGAGGACAAGAACGCCACCAGUCCCACCUCCCUGCCAGCUGUGGACCUCGUCACACCUGUUUCUCGCGACGGCAGCCCCACUUCCUGUACCAGCGCCAAAACGGCGCACCCACACACGCCAACAGGUGGCGGCGGCCAGCCAAAGUGUCAUUACGGGUCGUCUCGCUGCCGUGCCGACACCGAAACCGAUACCUACCCCGCGGCGCCAACGGACGAGGACGAGCUCGCGGCGCUCCGCGUUGAAAACUACAAGCUCUCCCUUGACGUUGACAACGCCAACCGCUUGAACUCGGCACUGACGCUCACAAACCGCACGCUUCUCGAGGAUCUCGCAAGGCUCGAUAACGAAUUGACCGUGUCCAAGCUACACCGAGAACUACUGGAGGAGCGUCUUGAGCGCAUGGAAUCCCGGCUGCGAGCCCAGAUGGUGGACAUUGAGGAGCUGAGGCGGGGAAGGGACUGGUACAGGAGACUCUUCCUUAUGGCCAUUCAUGGAGACGGCCAGUAG